GGAGGCUCGUGAGGAGUGAGGCUUCCGUGCGAUUAAGCGGGUUAUUUACCUCGGAAUUCGGAUGGACCCAGUAAAGUAAUAACAACAACAAUUUCGAGUACCUCAGAGAUUCGCACGAGACAUCAAGCCGUUCUGCGAACAUAAACAGAAGUUUAACUAUACUGUUUUUGAUUCUUGAGUAGAAAACGAAGAGAUUAAGUUGAGGACUGUGUGUGUUGCAUAAACCACAAGUGAAAACAAGCAGGACCAUAUGAAACUUCCGCCAGAAAAUGGCUACGCCGGCUGUAGUUUCCACGGAUGGAGCGAGCUCCAGUGUUCCUGGAAAUCGAAAGAUGGCUUCUUCGGAGGGUCUGAGCAUCUCAAGCUCAUCCCAGACGAACAAAAAGACCUUGGGCCACAGAGGAAUUGACCCUACUGGGGAGACUACUUAUAAAAAGACCACAUCAUCUGCCUUGAAAGGUGCCAUUCAGCUGGGCAUCACACACAGCGUGGGAAGCUUGAGCCAGAAGCCAGAAAGAGAUGUGCUCAUGCAGGACUUCGAAGUGGUAGAAAGCAUCUUCUUUCCCAGUCAAGGCAGUAGCUCAACUCCAGGUCAUCACCAUGGUGACUUCAAGUUUAAAACUUAUGCUCCCAUUGCAUUCCGCUACUUCAGAGAGAUGUUUGGGAUCCGACCUGACGACUACCUGUACUCUCUUUGUAAUGAACCUCUUAUCGAGUUGUCUAACCCUGGAGCAAGCGGGUCUCUCUUCUACGUUUCUAGCGAUGAUGAGUUUAUCAUUAAGACGGUACAACACAAAGAGGCAGAAUUCUUGCAAACACUCCUGCCAGGUUACUUCAUGAACCUGAACCAGAACAUGCGUACGCUGCUUCCCAAGUUCUACGGUCUCUACUGCGUUCAGGCAGAGGGGAAGAACAUCCGAAUCGUAGUGAUGAACAACCUACUGCCAUGCGCUGUACCCAUGCACCUUAAAUUCGACCUGAAGGGCUCCACACACAAGCGACGUGCUUCGCCGAAAGAAAAGUCCAAGGGUGUGCCCACGUUCAAAGACCUGGACUUUAUGCAGGACACGCCUGAGGGCAUAAUGCUGGAGAGUGACCACUACAACGCCCUCUGUAGGACCAUUCAGAGAGACUGUCGGGUACUACAGAGCUUUAAGAUCAUGGACUACAGUCUACUGAUGGGUAUCCACAACUUGGACAGGGCAGGUGAAGAGGUGUCUACUGCAGUGCCCGAUACCCAGAAAAAGGCACCAGGCCAGAAGCCCCUUUACUGCACAGCCAUUGAGUCUAUUCAAGGGGAGACCAAGGGGAAGUCAUCACCACAGCCCUACGAAAGCAUGGGAGGAAUUCCAGCAUUCAAUUCAAAAGGAGAAAGAUUGCUGGUUUUCAUCGGCAUCAUUGAUAUCCUCCAAUCUUAUAGGCUUGUAAAGAAGUUGGAGCACUCAUGGAAAGCUCUGCUGCAUGAUGGGGACACGGUAUCCGUGCACCGGCCGAGUUUCUACGCAGAUCGUUUCCAGAAGUUUAUGUGCAGCGCAGUCUUCAAAAAACCUACAUUAAAAACAUCUCCCUCAAAGAAAAGUCGAGGAGGGGCCGUGUCUGUUGGAAAGAAGUCAAACAUCGCAGUACAGUCACAACAAUCCCUUCCUGUAGCAGCAGAACAAACACAGCCACAGCAGACUACAGUGCAGCUGUCCAGCCCAGACAAUCAAGGAGACAGCGGUGCUCGUCCUGACCUGCUCCCACAACAGAUUACUGAAGAUGAGAUCACGAGUAGCUCAGCUGAUACAACCCUGUCAGCAACCUCUCCUGUAAGCUCCCGGCCCUCCACGAACACUCCAGUUCUGAGUCGUAGCAGUAUAGCUGCUCAGUCAUCAGGGGAAAGUUUGGAUAUCGAAGUCAUUUCACUCAGCGAGAUUGUUCCACAGACAAGCACGUCAGAAUGAAAGACUAUGGAUGAACAGGACAAAAUAAAGCCCUCAAAGACGAAGAUUUACUCUCUUUUAAGGAUAUCGGAACAGGAUGAUGGAGUUGCUGUAAACAUCCGAGGAAGUGAAAACUGGAGAAUCUGGAUUACAAAAGAGAGAAGUGCACAUGUUCUUAAAACUGUAAAACAUUAGGAUAAAGUAUCCCCCCCCCCCAUAUAUAUAUAUAUAUAUAUAUAUAUAUAUAUAUUGGAUGUCAGUACAUCCAAUUUUGCUGCUAAGAAAUGGAACCAAAAGAAAGAUGCCACUGUAUACCUCAACAGUGUGUGAUAUCACUGUUCUUAAAUAGUUUCAUUUAUACAAGAACUCCCAGGACCUGAUAAUGUUCAAAGCAGAAGAACAGUGAUGAGAACUUUGCAUCAUGGGACUGGCUCUUGGAGAACAAACUGGUCUUUUGAGGACCUCUGUGAGUGUUUUGUAGUGGACUUCAUUUGACCAUGCGUCUUUUUUUCUCUCUUAGUUUGCCAAGGAGAGCUAUCUGCUGGAGUCGUUAUUUACUUUGCUAAGGGUAGAAAGGAAAUUUGGCUGGUUGUGAGUUUUAAAGACAUUUUAGGAAUAUGUCAUGAUUAUCUACCCCCCAAAAAACAAAAACAUGUUGGAUGAGUCAAUCCAGAUCAGGUUGCCUGAACAAUCAUGUAACAAUACUUUUUUUUUUUCAAAACUUUGAAUCUGUAAAAUGGGUUCGAUUUGAUUUUAGAAAUUGGUUCAAAUGCAGUACUGUGGUGUUUGUUUUUUUAUAUUUAAAUGUGCCUUAAUCACAAGAGUUAUUUUGCCUUGUAAUUAACAGAAAGCCUUUCACUGUGCAUGAUGCCUGCAAGUGGAUUGUGCCGAAUUGCGUGGGUCACCUAUACAAAAACACAGUAUCUCUCUCUCUCUCAAAUAUUACUCUGUCAUGUGUGACUGAACUAUUAACAUAGUUCAUUAAAAAAAAUAUUUGGAGUUAGUCUGGAGAUUGAUUUACUUAAACUUAACAUUGUUUGCAAAAAAGGAAAAGAAAAAAAGAAAGCCAAAGCAAACAAGGCAACAGAUCACUUUUGUAACAUUGGCAGAAAUAUUAAACCAUGUAUAAAAGACCUAAUUCAGUAUUUCGGCUUGCAGGACUAAUGUUUUUUUUUUGUGUGUGUGAUUUCAUUUUAUUUUUUUAGCAUUGAUUUUAAAAUGUCAGUUUUUUAGGGCACAGUAAGACAGACCUGGCAGAACAGCUACUGUAAAACAAUAUAUAGCAUCUGUGCUGUUAUCCUUUAAUGAAAUUUAGGUUACAUAGACUGUGUAGCGUAUGAACUUCUCUUGAUGCCUCUGUUUUGUUGAGAGAAUUGAAUUCAAACUAAACUAAAUCCUGAACAAAACUUUUGUUUUUUUCAUCAUUUUUGAAUGUGCAUGCUAAUCAGUCACCCUGAAUGCAGAGACAUUAAUGACGAAGAUGCAAAUAUUAUGAAAUGUGGAUACGUAGGUGAGUAAGGGAACAUUGCUGGAACUUUUUCUGUGACAAUUUUUAUGAACAAAAAACAUUCCUGUACAAAGUUGUAUUUAUUUGUAUGUUUGCUUGUAAUUUAUUUCUUUAUCUCAAGUUCCAAAGUGUCUAUUGCAGGUUUUUAUGUGACAAGGUAUGCAAGUUCUGACACCUGGUGGCUGUGUAAAUUUGUUUGGGGUGGUGAAUGCAUUUUUUACUGUACACUCACGAUCUGGGAUUCUUGUGCAAUUGCUGUUUGCUCUGAAAAUGCUUAUUGCCUUUAACUGAGAAUUGUCUUAAGUACCGUAGUAGCUUUAAAAAUAAUUUAAAAUAUCUCUCUCUUACAAUGACAUUCAUGUAUUACAGCUCUCUGUCAGAGGAUAUUGAGACUUUUGGAGUGGAAAAUAUUGUAACAUUUCAUGCUGUAUGCAAAUUAAUGAAAUAAACAACACUGAAAAAAUGUCAA